GGUGAAUGAAUGAGAUACGAUGUUGAUCCUUCGGAUAUAAAGGAUGUAGUCGGUUGAUAGUGACUUUGGCUAUUGUAAAGACAUUGCAGUGGGAAAGACAUUCGCUAGGUGGCAGCAGCGACUGGAGAACUCAGAAGUCCACAGUACGCCCUUUUUGUUUGCUCCACAGGCGACGAUUUUCGAAGGCAAAAUAAUUAACAUGGGGACGGUUGCUAAGAUGCUGCUUAUGGUGUGUCUUCUGCCACUUCUAAGGAAUGUUGAAGGUGACCUAUUUGAACAGAGUCAAGCUUUGGCGGAGAUAAGUCACACGCUCGAAGAUUUGGAGGACGUAGAACAACUGCUGGAACGGAAGAGAGAAGAGGAAAUUUUGCAGUCGGCCCGUCUGCCAAACAACGUGGUGCCUCUCCACUACGACUUGCGGCUCGAAGUGGAUCUGCAGAAGUUCGAGGUGAUUGGCCGCGUGGCCAUCACCGUGAGAUGUGACGAGACUUCCUCCUACAUCCUGCUCCAUACCGAUAAGAUAGAAAUAGUUGGAGGGGUUUCCCGACCACGGUUGCAGGGACAAGAUGGUGGCGACACUCCCACAAUAACUUCUUGGUCACUACAUCCUGAAAACGACUUUCUGCUGCUAAAGUUAGACGGUGAUCUUAUCAAAGAUGGCGUCUACAUUGUCCGGAUCCAUUUCAGAAAUGUCCUCAGGGACCAACUGAUCGGACAUUACCGUUCUUCCUACUUAAAUGGAAACAAGGAGAAAAGGUAUCUGGCAACAACUCAGUUUGAACCGACCGGAGCCCGGAAGGCGUUCCCGUGUUUUGACGAGCCUGAACUGAAGGCAACCUUCAAAGUAACCCUGGUGCACCAAACCGAGUACCACGCAAUGAGCAACAUGCCAAUAGAGCGAAGCGUCAAGGGAAAGGACGGCUGGGUCACCGAUCAUUUCCUGACGUCACCAAAGAUGGCGACAUACCUUGUUGCUUUUGUUGUGUCUGACUUUACAUCGGUACGGCUGACAACACAAUCAGGGAUUGAGAUCAGGGCAUUGGCCCGGCCGCAAGCCAUUGCCGAAGGAAAGGGGGCCUACGCGCUGGAUAUUGCCGGGAAGAUUCUUCCCCAUUUUGAGGAGUACCUCGGUGUCCCUUACUCCUUACCAAAAUUAGAUCUUGCUGCGAUUCCCGACUUCCCGAUGGGAGGGAUGGAGAACUGGGGUCUCAUCGUGAUGACAGAAGACUCGCUGCUGUACGACGCCAAGAUUCCCUCUGCAGCGGCUAAAGAAAAUGUCAUUGGCGUGGUGUCGCACGAGCUCGGACAUAUGUGGUUUGGUGACUUGGUGACCAUGAAGUGGUGGGAUGGUCUCUGGCUGAAUGAGGGAAUAACCACCUACAUGGGACAACUCGGAACAGACUUUGCCGAACCAGACAUGAAAAUUAUGGACAUGUUUACAUCUAACGUAAGGCGCACCAUGGAACAGGACUCCCUGUCCUCAUCUCGACCUGUGUAUCAACCAGUCCACCGACCCAGCCAAAUCGCGGAAAUUUUCGAUGGCAUCACAUACACAAAGGGAGCGGCAGUGGUAAGAAUGCUGCACCAUGCUGUUGGAGAUACAGCCUUUAGAAGAGCCUUCAAGAGCUAUCUUCAAAAGUACGCAUAUGGCAACACAGUCCAGGACCAAUUGUGGGCGGAGUUUACAAAGGCUUUGAAUGCCGAAGGUCGGGAGGAUCUCGAUGUCAAGGUCAUGAUGGACACCUGGAUCCUACAGAAGGGCUAUCCCGUCAUCACCUUCGCCAGGGACUACAGCAGCGGUAAGGCGGAAGUGACGCAACAGCACUUCCUGAAAGACGCUUCUGUCAGCACCAAAGCGCCGGGUUCCAAAUCCGUAUAUAAAUGGUACGUGCCUGUCAGCUUUACAACUCAAAGUACCGGCAGCGAGAACCCCAAGAGCGUUUGGAUGAAACCAACAUCAGAUACCGAGGUCAUUGACCUGGAGGGAGCAGACGCAGACGAUUGGAUGCUGGGAAAUGUUGGGCGAGUUGGUUAUUACAGGGUAAACUACGAUAUCAACAACUGGAGACUUCUCAUCAACCAUCUCAAGAGUGACGAAUUCCGGGACAUACCAGUAGUCAACCGAGGAACACUUGUGGAUGACGCCCUAAGUCUGGCCGGUGCGUCCAUGCUCGACAUCACUGUUGCUCUAGACCUAUCACAGUACUUGGUUCGAGAACGGUCGUAUGUGGCGUGGGAUAUGGCAGAGUCAGCUCUGCGCUACAUAGGCGAUAAUCUUGGAACAAACAACUCUAAGAAAUGGAAGGACUACAUGGGUCAGCUCAUCACGCCGUUCUACAAUGAUGUCAGCUGGACUGAUGAGGCAGGCACUUUUCAGGAAGAGAUGGGCCAGGCGCUGGCAGUAAGAAGCGCUUGUAGGUUCGAUCAGGCGGACUGUUUAGCACGCUCCAAGUCUAUGUUCAAACGCUGGAUGGACACAAAUAAUAACAGUCACAUUCCGGAGCGACUGAAGACCACCGUCUACUGCACAGCCAUACACCACGGCGGUAAGGCUGAGUGGGAGUUCGCCUGGCAGCAGUACCGGCAGGCUGCAGAUGGCUCAGGGGAGCAGAACUCCCUUUUCAGGGCUCUCUCCUGCUCACAGGACGCCGACAUUCUCAAAACUCAUUUAGAGCAAAGCUUGGACAGCAAACUCAUACGUAAGCAGAAGUCUGCAGAGGUCGUCGAGAAUGUUGCUCUGAAUAGGGAGGGGAAAUAUCUCGCUUGGGAAUUCUUUGUGGGCAACUGGGAGUUCUAUUUCAAGAGCUUUAAUGAAGUCACGUCGUUGGGCGACACAGUAACCGUCGUCACCUCGCAGUUUAGCACUGACAAGGACCUCGAAAAGCUGCUGUCGUUCACCAAAGACCGUAACCUUGGAUCAGCCACUAGAGCCUUUCAACAGGCGAUCGAGUCAACACAAAGGAACAUCAGAUGGCGUCAGAACAACGAGGACAAGGUAGAGAAAUGGCUGGAGGAGAACUGAACUUCUCGAAUUAUUCACAAACUAUAUGAGCCAACUAUUCCCAUGUAUGAACAUAUAAAUUGAUGAUUGACAUAUCCUUUGUUUAGAGUUAGGUGGUUAUGAGUUGAAAUGUUAGGUAAGCAUUAGGCCUAGAAGGGUUUGAUUUCUAGAAAACUCAGGAAUCUUGAUAUACACUUCUAUUAAAUCACGACCUGGAACUAUAACCUUCUCAUUCUCUGUUAAGACAUAUAAGCUUGAUAUAAGCUGAUAAAAAUCAGAUGUCAAUAAAAGUAUAAUGUACCUAUUAACUUAUGCAACAACUCUAAAGCCAACUUCAGAACGUUCAUCUAACGUUAACAUAUAAGCUAACGCAAAAUGCCGAAUGAAUAGUAAAACCUUGAACUUUAUUCCAGUUCAACGUUUAACUAUGAUUACUACCAACACAGAUAAACUUUCAU